AUGGCAGCCAACAACGAGGCCCAAGGCCUUUGGAUCUCGACAGAUACCACCCCAGCAGGCGCCCUGUCGAGAACAUCAACUGCAAGCUCGCUAGGGAAGGAGAAGGAGCACGCUGCUCCCAUCACUCGUGACGACGAGAUUCUCGACUUAGCUCGACGGCUGACCAGUCACUCUCAACGAAACAACGAUCAAAGUCCCUUCCACGCCGAAGUGGGCGGAUCUUUGGAUCCUAAUGCCCCAGGAUUUCGCGCUAGGGAAUGGGCAAAGGCAUUCUACAAUGCUGUAAAUGCGUCAGCACCCAGGCGGGUCGCGGGGGUCGCAUUCCGCAACCUUCACGUUUUUGGCCAUGGCAGCCCAACGGACUACCAGCAGAGCGUUGGCAACGUCUUCUUGAAACUGCCGUCCCUUGUUGCUCGACUGGCUGGCGCCAAGAGGAGACGGCUUGAUAUCUUACGUGGAGUGGAGGGCUUGGUCAAGCCCGGGGAAAUGCUUUGUGUGCUUGGCCCGCCGGGAAGUGGAUGCAGUACACUGCUGAAGACAAUUGCGGGCGAUACUUAUGGCCUCAAUGUUUCGGACGAUUCAUUUGUCAAUUAUCAUGGUAUCCCAUCGACAAAGAUGAACUCUGCUUUCCGUGGGGAAGCCGUCUAUACUGCAGAGGUGGACGCUCAUUUUCCUCAACUGACUGUUAACGAGACACUCUACUUCGCCGCCAUGGCUCGGACGCCGUACUCGCUACCUAACGGUGUUUCUCCAAAGCACUACGCUGAGCACCUGAGAGAUGUUAUCAUGACCAUGUUUGGUAUCAGCCAUACCAAAGAUACCCGCGUAGGCAAUGACUUUGUCCGCGGUGUCUCUGGGGGCGAACGAAAGCGUGUGACAAUCGCAGAAGCAACGCUCAGCAACGCUCCGCUGCAGUGCUGGGACAACAGCACGAGGGGUCUUGAUAGUGCCAAUGCUAUCGAGUUCUGCAAGACGUUACGUAUUCAGGGCGAUGUCUUCGGCUGCACAUCGUGUGUAGCAAUCUACCAAGCGCCGCAGGCUGCGUACGACAUCUUCGACAAAGUCACACUCUUGUAUCAGGGCCAACAGAUUUACUUUGGCCCCGCGUCUUCUGCCAAGGCUUAUUUUGAGCGCCUCGGAUUUCAGUGUCCUGCAUCGCAGACUACUCCCGACUUCUUAACGUCGAUGACGAAUCCUGUUGAGCGUAUCAUCAGGCCUGGAUUUGAAGGUCGUGUUCCCAGAACAGCCGAAGACUUUGCCAGAGCUUGGCAGCAGAGUGCUGAAAGACAGCGAUUGCUCGUCGAGAUCGAGGCCUAUAAUGCUGAGCACCCUCUAGAGGGCGCCAGCUACGAGAAGUUCGCGGCCAUCAGAAAAGACGAGAAGUCGGACUACCAGCGGGCAAACAGUCCUUACACCUUAAGCUACUGGCGGCAGAUCAAACUAUGCAUGUGGAGAGGCUGGCAGCAACUGAAGACCGACCCGUCUGUCACGCUGGUAAUGUUGAUUGGAAACUUCUUCGAAGCGCUCAUUAUCGCUUCGGUCUUCUACAACCUGCCCAACGACACCUCUGGUUUCUUCGGACGAGGAGCACUGCUCUUCAUGCUUGUACUAUUAAAUGCGUUCGGAAGCAUAUUGGAAAUCAUUGGGCUAUACGCCAAACGCACCAUUGUGGAGAAGCACAGCCGGUAUGCACUCUAUCACCCGUCCGCAGAGGCUAUUGCUUCUAUGAUCCUCGACCUUCCCUACAAGAUUGUCAACGCUCUUCUGGUCAACUCCGUUCUGUACUUCAUGGGAAACCUACGUCGCACGCCAUCGGCCUAUUUCUUUUUCUUGCUCAUUUCUUUUACUCUGACGCUCUCAAUGAGCAUGUUCUUUCGGCUGUUUGCAUCACUCACUAAGACUAUCGCUCAAGCCCUUGCCCCCUCUGCAAUCAUCCUGUUGGGCAUGGUUCUAUACACAGGUUUCGCCGUCCCCAUCAACUACAUGCGCGGAUGGGCUAGUUGGAUGCGUUGGAUCAACCCUGUCAGUUAUGGUUUCGAAAGCAUCAUGGUCAACGAGUUCAACGGCAGGAACUUUUCGUGCUCACAAUUCGUGCCGUCUGGUUCCGCAUACGAAGACAUUGCGCUUGACCAGCAGGCUUGUGCGGUAGGUGGCGCGCGACCCGGCCAGACCUCCGUCACAGGUGCUGAGUAUGUCUUCGACACAUACAGCUACCAGAACAGCAACCGCUGGCGGAACUUCGGUGUCUUGGUUGGCCUGACGAUCGCACUGGCGGCACUUCAUCUGAUCGUGUCAGAGCUGGUGGCAGCAGAACGCUCCAAAGGCGAGGUACUGGUCUUCAGACGUGGUAAAAUGCAAAAAGCGAAGGCCAAGCGUGAGCAGGUUGACGAGGAACGGACUCCAACCGGCUCUCUCGCCCAGAACGAGAAAACGGAUCUAGACAUCGAAGCGGAUGUUCGCGAGGUGGAGAAGCAGACCUCAGUGUUCCACUGGCAGGAUGUGAGCUACGAAAUCAAGGUAAAGGGCGAGACAAGAAAGAUCCUUUAUCGAGUGGACGGCUGGGUGAAGCCUGGUACUUUGACCGCCUUGAUGGGUGUAUCUGGUGCGGGCAAAACGACACUCCUGGAUGUGCUCGCAAGCAGGACUACCAUUGGUGUCAUAACUGGAGAGAUGCUGGUCGAUGGAAAUACUCGAGAUACUUCCUUCCAGCGCAAGACCGGCUAUGUGCAACAGCAAGACCUACACCUCCACUCAUCGACGGUCCGAGAAGCUCUAGAGUUUAGCGCCUUGCUCCGCCAGCCACAAAAGUACAGCAAAACAGAGAAGCUUGCUUAUGUGGACACGGUCAUCAGCCUAUUGAAUAUGGAAGAUUACGCUGAUGCCGUGGUCGGUGUGGCGGGAUCUGGACUGAACGUUGAGCAACGCAAACGGCUGACAAUCGGUGUGGAGAUGGCGGCCAGGCCAUCAUUGCUGCUUUUCUUGGACGAGCCUACAUCGGGUCUUGACAGCCAGACCUCAUGGUCAAUCUGUAACCUAAUGGAGAAACUCACACGAAGCGGUCAAGCGAUUCUUUGUACCAUUCAUCAGCCCUCAGCUAUGCUAUUCCAGCGGUUCGAUCGCCUCUUGCUUCUCGCCAAAGGUGGCAAGACCGUUUAUUUUGGCGAUAUUGGUCCCAACUCGCGUACGCUCAUCGAUUACUUCAUGCGCCAUGGUGGGCCGGACUGUGCGGAAGGCGUCAAUCCUGCCGAGUACAUGCUGGAGACCAUUGGAGCUGCACCAGGCGCGCAAACAGACAUUGACUGGCCUGCUGUGUGGCGCGAAAGCGCUGACUACCGCGGUGUUCAGUCAGAGCUCGCGAGUCUCACAGGCCUCACGAAAAUUACCACUGCUCAAUCCGGCGCCAUGACAGGAUCCGAGUUUGCCGAAUUUGCCGCCCCUUUCACCUCUCAACUACGACUCGUGUUGAAGCGGACUCUUCAGCAGUACUUCCGCAGUCCGUCCUACAUCUACAGCAAAGCCCUGCUGACACUGGGUUCCGCCAUCUUCAUCGGGUUUUCCUUCUUUCGCAGCGAAAACACGCGGCAGGGCCUCCAAAACCAGCUGUUUGGCGUCUUCAUCUUCCUGUUCGUGGUGAUCCAGCUCAUUCUUCAAAUCAUACCAAUGUUCGUCGUGCAGAGAACCCUCUACGAAUCCCGCGAGCGCCAGAGCCGCACCUACCACUGGGCCGCGUUCGUCUUGUCCAACGUCUUCGUGGAGCUCAUCUGGAACACCUUCGCAGCUAUCUUCUGCUUCAUCCUUUGGUACUACCCCAUGGGCUUGUACGAGAACGCCGAAUGGACCGAUGCCGUCCACUCACGCGGCUUUUUGACCUUCCUGUUCGUGUGGUCAUCAUUCAUGUUCGCGAGCAGUUUUGCGCACGCCAUCAUCGCCGGCGUGGACAGCGACGAGGUGGCUUCCGCCAUCGCCAACAUUCUGAGCAUCAUGCUCUACGCCUUCUGCGGCAUCCUCGCCGGUCCCGAUGUGCUGCCGGGCUUCUGGAUCUUCAUGUACCGCGUCAACCCCUUUACGUAUCUCGUCGACGGCCUACUCUCGACGACCCUCGGCCAGGCGCCCGUUCGCUGCGCGGCCAACGAGUAUUUCAGCUUCAACAGUCCGGCUGGCGUGUCCUGUGAGAACUAUAUGCGGCCGUACAUGGAGGUUUCGGGUGGGUAUUUGCUCGACCCGGGCGUGGAGGGAAGGUGCGAGUAUUGUCCACUGGACAGCACGGACCAGUUUCUGGCCACGGUCAAUGCGGACUUUGGUCGGCGGUGGCGGAAUUUUGGGCUGUUGUGGGUUUAUGUCGCGGUUAAUCUGGCGGCGGCGGUGGGGUUCUAUUGGCUGUUUAGGGUGCCGUCGCGGAAGAGGGGGCAGGCUAUGGAGGUGAAGAAGGAGAAGGAGUGA